GGCUUUUGGCGGGUUCCUGAAGUUGAUUUGCGAGCUAAAAUCUCAGCUCCAUCUCACCUUAUUAAUGUCUUUUAAAUCCAUUUUUACAUUUUUUUACUGCUCAUCUACGCCACCACCGCCGCCACCACCGCCGUCGCCGUCGCCGUCGCCGUGGUGAUCCCUUUCUCCAUUUUCUUUCUCCCACCAAACACUCAGAGCAUAGGACCCAAUUUCUUUCAUCUUCUUCAUUUUUCUCUUUCUUCUGUGUGGGAUUUUCACUAAAGAUUCCCUGUUCUGUUCUUUCUUCCAACCGAAGCACCUGCAGAUCCGCAGCUUAGUCGAGAUUUGGUUGGACAGAUGGUUUGAGAUUCUGUUUUGCCCUCUGUUCUUGUCAGUCUUCUUGUUCUGGGUUUCAGUGCACGACCGGCAUUUCUUUGAAUGGGGCAAUUUUCUAGAUCACGACUUUGUCUGCUUGCGAGGGUGAAUUUUGAUUAGCUCGCUGCUGUUUCCACUGCCCGGAUCCGGGGGUUUUCUGCUGGGUGUUCGCAAUUUUGUUCAUAAAAUUUGGCGUUUCUGACAAGUUUGCGUCUCCUCCAAGAAGUGGAUGAUUGCGAUAUUACAUAGAAAUGUCAAGGAUUGCUAAGUGGAAGCUUGAGAAGACAAAAGUAAAGGUGGUUUUCAGGCUUCAAUUUCAUGCCACGCAUAUUCCACAAUUUGGAUGGGACAAACUGUUUAUAUCUUUUGUUCCUGCUGAUUCUGGGAAGACAACAGCAAAGACAACUAAAGCAAAUGUGAGAAAUGGAGCUUGCAAAUGGGCUGAUCCCAUCUAUGAAACAGCUAGACUUCUUCAAGACACUAGAACAAAGCAAUAUGAUGAUAAGCUCUAUAAACUCGUGGUGGCCAUGGGCUCAUCUCGUUCAAGCAUCCUCGGGGAAGCUAACAUCAACCUUGCUGACUAUGCUGAUGCAAUGAAGCCUUCAGCUGUUGCGCUGCCUCUUAAUGGAUGCGAAUCUGGAACUAUUUUACAUGUUACUGUACAGCUGCUUACUUCUAAAACUGGUUUCAGGGAGUUUGAGCAGCAAAGGGAGCUUAGGGAGAGGGGGCUGCAGACAUUCUCCGAUCAAAAUAGUCAUGGUGAAUCUCCUAGUGGAAAAAUGUCACCAUCCAAGGAUUCAGUGAAUAAUCACUCAAAUAAGGUCAAUGCAAGAAUUAGGUCCAAAGGAGUAUAUAAUGAGCUCCCUUUACUCGAAGAUGAGGUUGGGCGAAAAGAAGAGUAUGCAGAUUCAGCAACUGGUUUUGAUGUCUCUUCCAAUACUUCAGAAAGUUUAUAUGCAGAGAAACAUGAUGUGCAUGAAAUUGACAGCAUAAAGAGCACAGUGUCUGGUGAUCUAGGUGGACUUUCCAUUGGCCAAAGUCCUGGGUCAGAGAAAGGAGACCAGGGUGAUCAAUAUUCAGUGCAGGGGUCCAACAAUUGGGCUCAUAACUGGGGUUCUGAGUUUGCUGCUGAUGGGGAACUGGCUACUGCAUAUAAAGAAAACAAUAGACUUAGAGAAAGCUUGGAAGUAGCCGAGUCCUCGAUUGUUGAGCUGAGGCUAGAGGUAAGCUCAUUGCAAAAUCAUGUUGAUGAGAUGGGUAUUGAAACACAGAAAAUUGCUUGGCAGCUUGCUACUGAGACUACUUCAGGUAAAGAACUGACAGAAGAAGUUUCAGUAUUGAAAUCUGAGUGUUUAAACCUUAAAGACGAGCUUGAGAGAUUAAAAAAAUUGCAAUCCAGUCUAACAGAAUCCAGAAAAAAAACCAUAGAGACUGACCAGAAUAACAUAUGCCAAAAGCUGGAGCCACAACAUUUAAAGGGGCUCUUAACAAUGGAGGAAAAGAUUAGGGAUCUGCUAAACAAGGCUCACUUUGGAUGUCAAGACAUAGAUGUUCGGUUUCUUCUAGCCGACUUGGAGGCGUUGCUCUGCUUUGUACAAGAUUUUAGAGAGCGAAUAGAACAGGAAAUUUCAUGUGCCAAAGCGAACCAAAAUGAGAUCAGAAAAUUGAACUCCCCGACUAGUCAGAUAUUGACAUCAGGAACUGGGUUCGAUUCAGACAUUUACCAUACUGAUAGCAUGCUUCAUUGUCUUAUACCAGGUCUGGUGUCCUACGAACCCAAUUCUAUAGAUGCCAUCAGUUCAAUGAAAGGGAAAAUUUUUGAACUUCUAAGGGAGUUGGAUGAGUCAAAAGCGAAAGAGGAGAGCCUUGCACAGAAAAUGGACCAGAUGGAAUGCUACUAUGAGGCUUUUAUUCAUGAACUUGAGGAAAAUCAGAGACAGAUGAUCGGAGAGCUGCAGAAUCUCAGGAAUGAGCAUGCAACAUGUAUAUAUACUAUCACGGCUUCUAAGGAUGAGAUAGAAGCACUGCAUCACAAAAUGAAUAGCUGUUUAAUGAACUUUGCUGAAGAGAAGAAGAGUUUGGAUUCCAUCAAUAAGGAGCUUGAAAGAAGAGCUGCUAGUGCUGAGACAGCUCUCAAAAGGGCACGCCUAAAUUACUCAAUUGCUGUGAACCAGCUACAGAAGGACCUUGAUCUACUAUCUGUCCAGGUCACGUCCGUGUUUGAGACUAAUGAGAACCUCAUUAAGCAUGCACUUUCUGGUUCUUCACUUCCAAGCAGACAGGAAUACUAUGAAAUAGGUUGGAAUCCGGGAGUUGAAUUGGAGGAGUUUUCUACUGGCAAACUCUUGCAGAGUCAGAAUCAUGAUGCAGGGGUAAAGAAAUAUCAUUCAAGUGGAGGUAUUUUCUCUGAGGACUUAAAAAGGUCUCUGUACUUGCAGGAAGGGUUGUAUCAAAAGGUUGAAGAUGAAGUCUUUGAAGUGCAUUUGGUUAACAUAUACCUGGAUGUAUUUUCAAAGACGCUCCAAGAAACUUUGCUUGAAGCAAAUUCUAGUUUCAAACUUAUGAAAGAGAGAGUAGAUGGGAUUAGUCAGCAGCUAGAACUAUCAAUCAAGUCCAAGGAAUUAUUGUUUCUUGAACUGCAAGCUUCUAUGGAAGAAAUCCGAUCUCUAAAUGAAUGUAAGACUGCAAUUGUUUCAAAAUACAAUGAAAUGGGAUCGAAAACUGAAAUUUUAGAAGAAAAUUUAUUAAAUGUUACUCGUGAAAAUUCCUUUCUUACUAAGAAAAUAAUAGAAUGUGAGGCCUUGGUGACAGAAUAUAGAUGUUUUGAGGAAAAGUACCAAACCUGUCUUUUGGAGAAGUUAGAGCUGGAGAAUUCAAUGAUGGAGGAAAGCAUUGAAAACAAAAAUAUUCGUAAUGAGAAUUCAUCUUUGCACGAAGAAUUGAAAGCUCUAAGAGCUGAAUUUGACAACUUGGUUUCAGUGAAAGCAGAUCUGCAUAAUACUGUUGGUUUUGCCUAUGAUAAGUUGAGUAACUUGUUGGCUUCCCGUAACAAAAACUCUAACAAUGUCUUAAGUGAAUCUGUUGAUGAUGAUUUAGAGUCAAACAACUUAGCAGGCUUGGUUUUGAAAUUUGAAAAUCUCCAUCUUGAUGCAUGCAAGAAAGUUCUCCAGCUCAUGAAUGAGAAUGAACAUUUGGUGGAAGAAAGAGAUACGGCUCAAAAGUCCUUAAGCAGAGUAGCAUCAGACAAUCUGAUCAUGAAAGAGAAUUUUGAACGUACAAAACAAGAUAUGGUCAACGGAUUAGAUAAGGCCAAUGAACUGGUGCAAACAUUUCACAUUGCGAUUGAGACUGUUUCUGAAAACAUCAAUAUCAGUGAAGCUGGAGAUAAAUUUACCCAGCAGCAUAAAGAGCUUGUGUCUGUUCUCAAUCACGUGGAGGAUGAACUACAACAACUGACUUCUAGAAACAAUGGCCUUGAAAAUGAAAUGGUAGCACUGAGGUUGGUAGAUGAAGAACUUGCAAAUUGUAAGUUUACCAUCGAGGAGUUAACAAAGGAGAAAAAAACUUUACUUGAGUCAUUACAGGAAAAAGUAGAGGAAUCGAUGAAGCUUAAGUUGGAGCUGGAUCGUUCCAAAGAUAAAUCUCAGUUAUUGUCUGAUGAACUAAUUAUCGAGAGGAGUUUCAGAGAGAGUUUAGAGAAAAAAAUUAAAGAUCUUGAUGCCCAAAUAAAUGAGAAGAGUUGCAAGUUGCUAGAUUUUGAGAAAAUGAAGGCAGAAGUUGGAAAUCUCAAGCAAUUGGUAUUGGAGCUUGAGUUGGAGAAAUCAAGAGUCGACAAAGAUUUACUACAGUCGAAGGAACUUCUUAAGCAUCUUGAUCAAGAGAAUUCUUUCUUGGUUUGUUUGGAAAGUGAAUUAUGUGAAAUGUACGAAUUUUCAAUAGCUGCAGAUAUUAGCCUAGUUUUCACAAGAUCUCAGUGUCAUGACCAGCUUGAACUUCUUGUUCAACAAUUUCUGUUAUCAGAAAGGAACCUUGUAGCUCUUCAAGAAAAGUAUCUCAAUGUAGAGACUGCUCUUAAUCAUUGUAUGGUCAGUGAAGCACGCCAAACUGAAGAGAAUGCAAGAUCGUUGAUGAAUCUCAACUCUCUAAAAUUGGAGUUAGAAGCCUUUGCUUUGGAAAACAAAAUGCUUCUUGAUACAAACAAAAAACUGACUAAUCAGUCUGAGGAAUUACAGAAUAGGACUAAACUUGCUGAUGCUGAUAGAAGACAUCAUGCUCAAGAGAUUGAAAAACUGGGGAAAAUGUUGAAGACUUGUGAAACAGAAGUUGAUGAUUUGUUGCUUUGCAAGGAAGAACUGGAAGCAUUUGCUUCGGAAAACAAAAUGCUUCUUGAUGCAAACAAAAAACUGACUAAUCAGUCUGAGGAACUACAGAAUAGGACUAAACUUCUUGAGGUUGCAGUUGAUGCCGAGAGAAGUUGUCAUGCUCAAGAGAUUGAAAAACUGGGGAAAAUGUUGAAGACUUAUGAAACAGAGAUUGAUGAUUUGUUGCUUUGCAAGGAAGAACUGGAAGCCUUUGCUUUGGAAAACAAAAUGCUUCUUGAUGCAAACAAAAAACUGACUAAUCAGUCUGAGGAACUACAGAAUAGGACUAAACUUCUGGAGGUUGCAGCUGAUGCUGAUAGAAGUCGUCAUGCACAAGAGAUUGAAAAACUUGGAAAAAUGUUGAAGACUUAUGAAACAGAGAUUGAUGAUUUGUUGCUUUGUAGGGAAGAACUGGAAGUAAGUUUGUUGGUUGUCCGGUCAAAAUUGGAUGAACAGCAUGCUCAUGUGAUCUUGCUCCAAGGUAUGAGCGAUGAGAUGGUCAUCUUGCAAAAUAAGUGUAAUGAUCUAACCCAGAGGCUUUCUGAACAAAUCUUGAAAACGGAAGAAUUCAAAAACUUGUCUAUUUACUUGAAGGAUCUAAAAGACAAGGCGGAUGCAGAGUGCGUCCAACUUCGUGAAAAAAAAGAGAACGAAGGGCCAUCCAAUGCCAUGCAAGAAUCUCUCAGAAUUGCAUUUAUUAAAGAACAAUAUGAAACAAAGUUGCAGGAAUUGAAGCAUCAGCUUUCUGUGUCCAAGAAACACAGUGAAGAAAUGUUGUGGAAAUUACAAGAUGCAAUCAAUGAAGUUGAAAAUAGGAAAAAAUCUGAGGUGACUCACAUAAAAAGAAAUGAAGAGCUGGGAAAGAAGAUCGUGGAGUUGGAAGGUAACUUGAAUGCAGCUCUCACUGAAAAGCGGGAAAUAAUGAAGGCAUAUGAUUUGGUGAAGGCUGAAAAAGAAUGCUCUUCUAUCAGCCUUGAAUGCUGCAAGGAAGAAAAACAAGAGCUUGAAGCUUCUUUAAAGAAAUGCAAUGACGACAAAUUAAAAUUUUCAGUGGAACUGAACCUAAUGAAAGAUUUACUGGAGAGUUACAAAUUUCAGACGAGCAUGCACAAGGAAGGCAGUGAUGGAAAAUGCACAGAAGAUCACAUGUCUAAGUCCUCAGACCAAAAUAAUGCAGCUCCUUGUGAAGAAGUUGAAUGCACAAUAUCAAUUUCAACUGAUGAGACCAAUAAUUCACAUGCUUUCCUUAAUGGUCAAGGGCAACCUGAGCAGCAUGUUCUGGUGUCAAGAAGUCUCAAUGGACUUCAAGAUAUCUCUCGUGGGAAUCAAGAGGACUUGCUGCAUGAUGAGACAAAGCAUUUGGCUCUGGUAAAUGAUAACUUCAGAGCUCAAAGCCUGAAAUUUAGCAUGGACCACCUAAAUGAAGAGUUGGAAAGAUUGAAAAAUGAAAACUCGCUUGCUCAUGAUGAUCAUCCUUCUGAAUCAGAUUUUCCUGGUUUAGAACACCAACUGAUGCAGUUACAUAAAGUGAAUGAAGAACUAGGAAGCAUAUUCCCCCUGUUCAAUGAAUUUUCGAGAAGUGGCAAUGCAUUAGAAAGGGUACUAGCUUUAGAGAUCGAGCUUGCUGAAGCAUUGCGGUCAAAAAAGAAACCAAGCAUGCAUUUUCAGAGUUCUUUCUUGAAGCAACACAGUGAUGAAGAGGCGAUAUUCCGAAGCUUUAGCGACAUCAAUGAGCUAAUCAAAGACAUGUUAGAUCUAAAGGGAAAGUACUCAACUGUAGAGACUGAACUGAGAGAGAUGCAUGACCGUUACUCCCAAUUAAGCCUUCAGUUUGCCGAGGUUGAAGGGGAGAGACAGAAACUCAUGAUGACUGUCAAGAACGUCCGAGCAUCCAGGAAGCUUCUCAAUGUCAAUAAUCGACCCUCAUGGUCAUCCCGGGGGGAGCAUUCUCCUUCAUAACUUCUCGGCUUCCUAAGAUGGUCUCUCUUGUCUCUUUCACAAGUUGAAAUCACACUCAGGUCAAAUGUGACUCCAAAGGCUUCAUCUUUGGCUUUCUGCAUCACAACGCCAAGAAGGAUGUGAAGGAUGUCGACAGACGAUACUGUCUCCAGGGACCGAGCCGCUACGAGUUCAGAGUCAGCUGCACAAGUAAAAAUGCAACAGUUUUGUGUAAAUAAGAAGAAAAGCUUCUGCACCUAUUCAUUCACGAGUUGGUAGAGUAUUAUCAAGUAUAGGAUCUUCUCUUCUACUUCAAUGUAAUUUUUUAUGUACAGUAAACGAAAUAUCUUCAUGGCCAGAUGACUUAACUCCAAAUAUUAUGAAGAGAAAGCAAUGAAACCAUGUCAUUAUAUAUCUUUGCCCC